GCAUGUCAAUAAAAAAUACAUUUCUCCAGUCAAGAAGAGGUUUGUCGAUCAUGUGAAUAGGUGCUGUACCGCUUUUACAUUUAGCCUACUCAAAGUUACUUUGUAGACUUUCGGUCACAUGAUGCCCAGCCUGAACAGUCACCAGCUGCCAGGUGCUGCCUCUUCGCAAGCAAACAAAACGCAUUUUAAAGAAGGGGUUCUUAUCUGAAAGAGAAAGGAUCCUGAAAACUUUAAACAUGCUGAAGUUCAAGCAAAAGUUCGACCUGCACAGAGAAGUGGAGAGUGACAUCCUCAGGAAGGAGGCGUCGGUCUGCAGGGUGAAAGAAUACUCUGGAGCGUUGGACAUUCGUAUCCUGAACAUUGAGAGAGACGGGGGCAUCCUUUACUCCUGGAAGGGGGCAACGGGGACAACAAGGAUCGGGAAAUUUGACUCCAACACUAAACAGAACAAGCUCCUGUACACAUUUGACAAGCAAGUGAGUGUCAGCAGCUGUUCCCUGAACAAGGAGGAGACGCUGUUAGCUGUCAGUUUGGCACAAAACACCAGAGGAGAGGAGCGCCUCAAACCAAUGUCCAAGUGUCUGACUCUUCUGAUUGAGAUCCAUCCCAUCAACAACACUAAAGUCCUCAAGGCUGUAGACUGCAGGGUCAAAGUGCAGUUCCUCAAUUCAGAAACUGACCGGAGAUCAGUGCUGGAGAGCCACCUGCUGCUGCUGACUGAGGACGGAUAUGUGGACCUCUACCAUGUUCUGCUGACAAAACAGGAGGGAUACAGGGUGGUGAUGGCCAAUCCAGAUCGUUUGAUCAAAACAGCAGAGCGGAUUGUGGAGGAUUUUAACUGGGUCCAGUGGGACGGACACACACAGAGACUCUACUAUCUUACUCAUAAUGUCAAGUUCCUCAUGCGAUGUGUUCAGUUUUACCCCAACCAUAACUGUGAGACUGUGUUGGAACUCCCAUUAGACCUGCCUGCUAAUCCUUUCUGCACAGUCAAGUUUGUGAAUCUGGGUUUUGACCAUUAUCACAUGGAGAAAGCAGAGCAGGAGCCUGUUAGGAUGGAAGUGUUCACAAAUAGAAUAGGAAGCAUGUGUGUAUGCUACAGCCAACCAGUCAAAGACAAACAGGAGGUGAUCUACACUGUGCUUUUGGUGCACAAAGACUGCAGCAGAGCCUUCAGAGUAUCUCUGGGCAGUGACCAGACACAGCAGAAAGCCACACAGUUCCAUCCACUCUUCAUUCCUAUAGGUUACUUCAUCCUGGUGUACCUGCAGGGUUAUUUCCUCCAUUGUAUCAACACCAGGCAGCAGGAGAUGCUCUGUCACUCCCUCUUUCUCUCAGGUCCUGAUGUUGAUUUGGGCCUGCAGUGUCAGUCAGCUAACAUCACAGUGUUGCAUGCAGAGGAAGAGUCUAACGGUAGUCUUUUGGACCUGGCUACUGGGAGGAUUCACUCUGCUGAGCUUUGCCCUGCAUACCUGCUGCAGAUACUGCGAGCAGACCCUCCUUCUAGGUGUCCCAGCAGCGAGAGCGAACCACAGCGCCUGGCCGCCCUCCACUGCCUGCUGGUUUACAUGGGAAACAACCCAAACCUGGAGCUGAAGAUCAUCGAAUGGCUCUGUGACAAUGUGAACCCGUUCGAGUCCUUUGAUCAGAUCCAGGAGUUCAUUCUGGCCUCUUUGUACAGGAUAAGCUAUGAGAAGUCUCUCAGCCUGGAUAAAGUCCUGCCUUACUCCUCUGUGUGCGACAAGAAGGAGAUACCAGUGUGUCUAUCAGAGGUCCCUGGUGUGUCAUGUACCAUCAAUUUACAUACUGAAUCUGUGUUCAAAGGGAAGGCCAGAAGUCUCCAGGGUUUCUGGUUAGAGCUGCAGUGGAACACAGAGAGGACAAAAUGUCUGGAUGCUGGGCCUAACCCCAGAUACAGAACGUCUCACAUACGAGGCGACUGGGACGAACUGAGGUCGGAGAGGAAACCAUCCAGCCACAUGACUCACAUGCAGGAGAACACAAAAAAAGUUCUAUCAACGGUGGACACCUGGUGUCUGGAUAAGAAGCUGGUGCCACUCUUCCAGGAGGAGGACCAACAACAGAGGGCGCUCAUAGGCCUGACGGUUGACAAGCUCCGCGAGCAUCUGAACAGACACCUGCCUCGACUGGGGAAGAAGAAGAUUGACUCGCUCGUUGUCAACUACGUCGCCAAACUGCUGGAGCUCAUCAGACACAUGCUGGAGUCAGUCUGGCUCAAGUGUAAACUUGGCCCGUGUGUUUUGUGCCUUUCCAGCACGCAGCAGGGUAGUCCGGCUGAGUGGUCUGUGUUUCACUUCAUGUUUCGGAUCUUGGAAGCCACGAGGGGUCUCUGCCUGCCCCUCCCACCUGGCUAUCACACCCUGUUAUCAGUGUUUGCGGUCCGUGUGCUUCCUCAUCACACCUUCCUACAGUACAUUGACCACGGUGUGCUGCAGCUCACUGAAACCUUUCUGUCUCGGCUCAUGACAGAUUUGGACAACAGCGAUGCCAACGAGAGACUGAAGUUCAGCGUACUUAAAAGGCUCCCUGAGCCUGUGGAGCAGAGGAUCUACCAUAUGUGGGACCAUCCUGUCAGUUCAGCUUCAAUCUCCAGAAAUUAUGUCAGGACUCUGCUGGAGAAGCACAACAAAAACAAGGGAUUUGCAUUCACCAGCAGAGACAAGCCGGGCUUCACACCCGAGUUUCUGCCUCUUACCUACCUGACAAAGGUACUCUCUGAUAUAGAAGAUCAAGCUCUGAACCCUUUUGAGGAGCAGGAGAACAUUGAUGCUCGGUUCGUGGAGGAGACGGCUCUGAAGCAAACAUUAAUACUGCUGGGCUAUGAGGAAAAAUAAAGGAUGCGGGGGGGGGGGGGGGGGGAGGAGUGAGUGGAAGGGCAGAGCGAGACGGCAGCGGAUGGAUGGAUUGAAGGGGAAACAGAUGAGGGGGAAAAUGUGUUUCAGAGAACAGUCAUCAUCGACUGACUGGGCCUUGAGGACAAGUAACGGAUGGGUGGAUGAUGGAGGGAUGGAGGGCGAGAAAUGAGAGAUGCGUGGAGAGAUUGAGAGGCAGAGCGCUUAUAAACAAGCUCUCACUGGCUGACAAAUUAGGGUGGGGCAGAGGGGGAGAUGGAUGGAGACGCCCUGGAAGGAAAGAUGGAGGAGAGGAUGAAGAGCUUUUUUUCCCCCCACUUCUAUUUUUUAACACUGAGGAUGCUGGGACAUGAGAAGAACCGUUUUUUCCCACACAAACAAUAAUGUACAAAAGGAACCAAAACUUCGAGGACAAUAGGGGCCAGUUAAAACGCAAUUUAAUUACAUUUAGAGGGACAUACUCUUUCAAAUUCCUGUUGAAAAUCUAUAACCGCAGGCAGCUUUUCAUAUGAACUCAUAAAUCUGGGGAUGCAACAAUCGCGUCCCGUUCCUCUGCAACUUUCUCUCAUACAAUUUAUGAACACGAAUGUCAAAAACUGCAAACACACUUUAUAAAUCAUACGCACUUGUUUAUCCUCCUCAUGCGGCUGCACCCCAUCAACUUGAUUACAUGCUGACAAAAGCUUCACAAACACACGGCAGCUUGAUUUGGUCGGUCGCCGGCUGCUGUGCAUUAAAUCGGAUUUCAACACUGAGUUACGCAGAAUCAUUGCGGCUCUAUAACUCAGUGGCACUUGAAGGACUCAAAAUUAAAACCCCAAGGAGAUAUAAGAAAGAUAAAGCACAGACUUGAAUAGACUCAUUACUCUUGAUUUGAAAUACAACCUGUCUUUAACUUUUUUUUUUUCUUCCCAAAACUAAUUGUCAAAUUUAUGUAAAGCUUUUAAGACGACUGAGAUUUAGAAACUCAAUAUCAGGGAUGUGUCUAAAGCCUGGCUCACACUGUGCCAUUUCCCCCCCGAUUGUAUAAAAGUUGGCGUGGCAUGUCAGCUCACACUGUACGACCCGAUUGUGGAGCACUGCCGGAGAGCUCACACUGUACGAGUGAAAUCGAGACGGAGCGUUGGCAAUUCUUCAUAAAGUUUCAUUUGAAAACUUCAACAGACGGCGGUUGGUGAAAGAAAAGGAAGUGGAAGUUGUUGCAGGAUAGAUGAAAGUAGAUACAAUCGUAGAUAUAUGGAUACAAGUUUCCGAAAAGUGCUGCACUGAUGAUCUGUACCGAAAACUCAAAAAAAAAAAAAAAAAAAGAAGCCGGGUAGCGGGCUGCUGCUGGUCGCCAUGACUACAUUCCUCCCUUGUCUCUCGUGAUUAUAUUGUGGUCACACAACUUCAGCCGGACCCUUUUCAUGACGUAAUUGUCAAGAUUUUAAAUUCUAAAUAUCAAACAUGUUUGAAAUAAAUCGCCCGACGAUCGCCGGGCAGAUCGGGGACGUUAAGAUUGGAUCUUUGUACCGCUCGCACUACAAGAUAAUCUGAGCAGAUAAUCGGUUCCGAGCAGCCUUGAGUCGGGAGCAACCCUGCGAUUUUCAGGAAGGAAGAAUCGGAGGUCAAAUUGGCCCGAUUAUCCUGCAGUGUGAGCCAGGCUUAGGAUAUGUAAGAGAAACACUUAUUGUUGCCUCUUGUUGAGAGGACAAGACGGGCUCAUUUGAAGAUAUUGCUGCUGCUGCUGCUGCUGGUUAGACACUUAUGUUUCAGUACAAAUGUAUCGCUGUCUGACUGUAUCACAAAACCCUUCUCUAAACUCUUCUCAUUAGCGUCAUAUGUACAACAGCAAGCAAACACAAACGUUUGGCUGACUUUACUACAUUUUCAUUACACUGACAGUGUUCAACUCACAAAAGACAAAAUAACACAUUACUUAUACAAAUCACAUGUUUAAUCUGUAAAAAAAUGAAAGUGUUUUGCUACAUUUCAUACACUCUGGGUUUGACUCCGACUGCCGGAGGAUAAAGACCUUUAGCCUAUGACGGCUAAUGUUAGCUAACGUUAGCCCAUACCCUGGGCUGAAUUUGUUACAACAGAAAAAUAUAAUACCCAGUUUAUUACAUGUAAGUUGGUACAACAUGGGCAAGCAGACUUUAAUAUCUUUAAAGUGACUUUCUUUAUAUAGCAGAGAGCAAAAAACAGUCCUCAAAGGAGUUUAUAAAACACCAGAUACAGAAAAGACGAAACAAACUGAAUAAAUAAGAAAAUAGAAACAACUCGGCCAUUACUCGGCCUGCACGCUCUCACACACAAUGAAACAUCUGGUGUGAAUAAAGUUGGUGGCGAUGUUUGUGUGUGUGUGUGUGUGUGUGUGUGUGUGUGUGUGUGUGUGUGUGUGUGUGUCAUUUGUUCAGAAUUCUUUACGCAAUGUCCGAGAGUGUUGGCACCCUGCGAGACUAAAUACCAGAGAUUAUUUACAUCUCAUGUUCAAACUAUUGCAAAGCAUUCCUCUGCAAAAAAAAAGGGAUUUUAUAAUCACAUAUGUUUACACGUUAAUAGUUUUGUAAAAUGGAUUGUAAAUAAAGAGAUUUUUGCAACAAG